AAGAGAUCAGAUAUAACUUUAGAAAGCUGGAUGGCUUCCCUCGCAGACAGAGCUGCAAACUGAGAUUCUCUGCCAAGAGCUCAUUUAUGACGGGAUUCUGCAGGAACAGCUUGUCUGCCAUCAAUAGUCAAUGUUAGUGCGAAUUUUGUCAGCUUUUUAGCACGGGCGGUACUGCAACAGAGGGAAAGCAUUUUUUAUUUAUUUUUUAGAUUGGCUGUGUUUGUCACUUAAAGGUAAAGUGUAUUGCUCUUUCUUCCAAAAAACAGUGAUCUGUUGCAGAAGGGUUUGAAUGCUGAGUCUGGCGUUGGUUAGCCUUCUCUAUGUGACUGCUGUAAGAAAUUAAAGGGUUGAGUGGAAUGCCAUUUCAGCCGUUGUCCACAAACAUAAAAGUUCCCUCGAGAGCAUCUGAAUCCAUUUGAGUAGUUAAUUCUUUUGUAGGGGAUUUUUAUCUCUUGCUCACACUUGGAACAUCCGGCCAUAUAGUGUGUGUGUAAAUGAUACCAUGAUAUUAAGCAAAUUAAGUGCAUCAGAAUAACCGCUUAAAACUACUUAGCAGCCACAUAACAACGCCCUGAAACCCUCUCACAGUUUUUUUGAAAAACGUAUAAAUUGAAACCAAUUUGAUUUUACACUGAAAUAUCUUUUACACCCAAUCUUUAGGUCACUUCAGUCGAUGGAGCACUCGGUCUUCGGUCGGACUCUUUGAUAAGUUCACAUGGCAGGACGAAUGAGAUUACACUACAGUGAUGAAACAGGCCAAAGCCUUUGAAACAGUCCCCUCAUGUCUGAAUAAAAUGCUGCCAUAUCUGUGCCUAGGGUUUCCUUGGCAACCCUCCUUGAACAUGUUACUUCUGCCACUUGUUUAGUGUUGCUCUGAAUGGAACUACUUCUAGUCACUGAGCCCAGGCUGCAGUUUGCAUACUAAACUGAUGAAUGAUUCAAAGCUUGCCGUGGUCCAGCGCCAUGGUAGACAUGCCGAGCCUGUACAGUCCCUCGUCCCCACUGGGCGAUCCAAUUCUGGACAGCCCUCUGUAUGGAGAGCUCAUUGGUGACAUGGAGGUGCUGGAGGACAUCUCUCAGUCUCUCAGCGACGAUGCCUUCAACUCCCUUCACGUACUGGACUCCCAGAGCAGCACCACAGCAGCAGACAGCUCAACUGUCUUAGAUGUCUUAACACUGGCAUCGAGUCCGUCCUCAGAAGUGUUUGCGUCCAGCACGGUUCAGGACGAGAACUCUUCUGGUUCUCUGGCCCUCGAGUGCCGCGUCUGCGCCGACCGGGCCUCAGGUUUCCACUAUGGAGUGCACGCCUGCGAAGGGUGCAAGGGGUUCUUCAGGAGAACCAUUCGACUCAAACUGGAGUAUGACAAGUGUGAACGCAACUGCAAGAUCCAGAAAAAGAACCGAAACAAAUGCCAAUACUGCCGUUUCCGCAAGUGCCUUGCAGUGGGCAUGUCCCACAACGCUAUCUCUGAAAAGCAGAGGCUGAAAGCAGAACAGGACGUCAGCGUGAAAGAGGAGCAUGAGUCCCAGCAGCCGGACACAAAGAGUCUGGCCAAGCAGAUGCAUGAAGCCUACCUCAAACACUUCCACAUGAACAAAGCCAAAGCACGUGUGUUUCUCACGGGCAAGACCAGCACUCCGCCCUUCGUCAUCCACGACAUGGACACUCUCCAGCACGCCGAGCAGAAACUACUCACCCAGCUGCUGGGCAACGUGGCGUCCGGAGACGUCUCCACUCUGCGGGAGAGGGAAGUGGAGGCCCGGCUCUUCCUGUUCUGUCAGUACGCCUCGGUGGCGACGGUCACAGAGCUGACGGAGUUCGCCAAGGCCGUGCCCGGCUUCGCCGCCCUAGACCUCAACGACCAGGUGACUCUGCUGAAGUACGGCGUGUACGAGGCACUCUUCGCCCUGCUGGCCUCCUGCAUGAACAAAGACGGACUGCUGGUGGCUCGUGGCGGAGGCUUCAUCACUCGAGAAUUUCUAAAGAGCCUGCGUAAGCCCUUCAGCGACAUGAUGGAGCCAAAAUUUCAGUUCGCCAUGAGGUUCAACGCCCUAGAGCUCGACGACAGUGACCUGGCACUGUUCGUGGCUGCCAUCAUCUGCUGCGGAGAUCGUCCAGGACUGAGCGACGUGUCGCAGAUCGAGCGCAUCCAGGAGAGCAUCAUCCACGCCCUACGGCUCCACCUGUUGUCCAACCACCCCGACGACACCUUACUCUUUCCCAAGCUGCUGCAGAAACUGGCCGACCUGCGGCAGCUGGUGACGGAGCACGCGGAGCUGGUGCAGGACAUCAACAGGACUGAAGAUGCUUCACUCCACCCGCUUCUACAGGAGAUCUACAGAGACAUGUACUGAGCUCAGAGCGUCCUCGUUCUCGGGAAGCACCGGAACACGACAGAUCACCCUGCACUGGGGACGGGAGAUAAAGGACGCUCAGCUCGGGGGGAAGAGGAGCGGCGGAAACAUCUUUGGGGUGUGCGCUUGCUGUAGGAUAAAGCACUGCCAGGACAUUACAGGGAAAAGCUAGCGUAAUUCUAGGCUGUAAAAAUAUAGCACUAACCUUUAAUAGGACACGGACCUUUGUAAGGUCAGUGCCUAUAGUCUCAUAGAACAGUGCAAUAGAUGCUUUUGUAAAUUUGCCAAAGAGUGGAUUUCAAUUAUAGGUGCAGUGAGCGGAAAACAUACGAUGCCUUGGCUCACUGUAGGCUGCCAGUAGAUCGUUAAAGUGUCAUAUUCAGCUUCAUAAGCAUCUGUUUGUAGUGUGCUCCUGCUCCAUGUCUGUAAAGCUUGAAGGGCAGGGCUUCGGAGAUACAGGGGGCGUGGUUAACUUUCAGAGCGGUCAAAGUCUCUCAGCACCUUGAAACUGGAGCGCAUCGCGUCUCUGCCAAAUAAACACCAGCAGUCAAGAUUUAGUAUCUGGAAAAAUAUAGAUUUGACGAUCUUGAAUAUUGGGUGAUUUUUUUUUAUCUUUUUUUUAAUGUAUAGAGAGAGCCAUAUAAAUCAGAUUGUUUGUUACCUCAUUUGAAAUGCUUGUACAUUGAGCAUCAUUUGUAAAAUCUUUUGUAUAAAAAUAUUGUACUUUGUAUAGCACUCCAAUUGUAAUUUUAUUGUACAAAUGUGUUGCGUGUUCCGAAUUAGUACUGAUUGGUAAAUUAUUGUUUUAUCGUUGUAUACUUUUCCAGGGUAAAAGUAAAUUUCAUAGCAUCUAGAGCAAAAUCUACUACAAUCCACAAAGUCACUUGAUCAGAAACUGCUCUUUAGAUCUCGGUUACUGCAAUUUAAUGAACUUAAUUCAUGUGCUUAUUGUUUUAUUUUUCUUUUGUUUUUGUUUUGUUGUUUUUUGGGUGCGUAAUUACUGACUGAUCUGGUGUUUGUAGUUUGAAAUGAAAUAUAAUGUUGUGAAAAAUGUUUCUAAAAACGA